AUGUCUCCUCCAAAGACCAGUAGAAUCAUCAAAGAAGAGAUGCCGGAAGACUGCAGCACGGAAAAGUUCUUCCACACACUACUUUCUCGGAAGGAGAAGUACACAUACUCUCGUCUCAAGUUCGACUUUUUGCAUCCUGAGGUGCAUCUCAGACUUCCCCCAAGACCAUACGCAUUUCACCUCCUCCAAGCCUUCGAGGAGGGCUUCAGCGAAUACCAUUGGUUUCUCCGCAAGGAUUUCUGUGACAGACUGAUGUUGACAUAUUCUGACCCCAGUUCCCAAUCCAAAGACCGCAAUUGGCUCUGCAGGGUAUCUGUUGUUCUGGCUCUGGCAGAAAGCUUCAAUCGCUCGCGCAUGACUGCAUCCACACAUAUGCAGCUCACGGGCGAGCAGCCUCCUAGUCCCUACAGCAUCCUGCCUCCGGUAUCUUCUUCGCCAACGUCUAACUCGGAGUCUUCUGAAACGCCACAAGCACCACCACCGCCGCCAGGGUCAGACUAUUUUGAGCAGGGUUUGAUGCUGCUGAAAACGUCGUCUGAGGAGCCGGUCUCAGCAGAUGUUGAAGCUCUCAAUCUCAUUGCUUUCUAUUGCUAUUCACUGAAUCGGAGGAAAACGGCGUACUCGUACGCUAGUCAAAGCUGCGCCCUUGCCAAGCUUCUACAGCUUCACAAACCAGUGACCGCUCAAACGCCAAUUGACGCAGAGCAAAAUGUUCGAGUGUUGAAUGAGCACAGAAAGCGACUUUGGUGGACAUCAUAUUGCAUGGACCGAAUGAUCAGUACCGAGUUGGGAGUGUCGCCUGCUCUCGCAUCUGUCCCCGAGGGAAUGCAGCUCCCGUGCUCAGCUGGCCUCACAUCUGAAGACUUGGAGCAGUUCUCAGAUCCAAGUCUUCUGACAGCAUCGACCCAGCUCUGCGAGAUCAAGCGUCACGUUGUAAUCACUGCCGCGCAACAUUCAGACGUGGAUGACGAGAGGCGACUAGACAUCAUCAAACCUUGCAUCGACAUGCUCCAUGACUGGAGAGCCAACUUACCGAGCAACAUGACCUUCACUUUUGAGGAUAGCCUUCCUACCAGACUAAUGGAAGCGCAAUACGGACGAAUCCUGGCAUCAAUAUACAUGAGAUACCACCAGGCAAGUUGCCAUCUUGGCUAG